AUGGACCGCAUGCCGUCUAUUCCUGUGAGAGUGAAGUAUUGUGACACUUGUAUGCUAUAUCGUCCGCCUCGUUGCUCCCAUUGUUCUAUUUGCAACAAUUGUGUGGAACGCUUUGAUCACCACUGCCCUUGGGUGGGCCAAUGCAUUGGACAGUGCAAUUAUCGUUAUUUCUUUCUCUUCGUUUCUUCUGCAACACUUCUCUGCAUCUACGUAUUCUCGCUAUCAGCUUUAUACAUCAAAAUUCUGAUGGACGAUUAUCACGGGACAGUUUGGAAGGCAAUGAAAGAAUCUCCUGCAUCUGUGAUACUAAUGGCCUAUUGUUUCAUUUCUCUUUGGUUUGUUGGUGGACUAACUGGCUUCCAUUUGUACCUUAUAGGUACCAACCAGACUACAUAUGAAAACUUCAGGUACCGAGCUGACAACAGGAUCAAUGUUUACAACCGGGGUUGCUUAAAUAACUUUCUUGAAGUAUUUUGCACAGAAUUAAAACCCUCAAGGAAUAACUUUCGGGCUUUCGUUGAAGAGGAGUUACAAAGGCCUCCCCCUUUGCCCACUGCACGGGAAAUAGAAUCAGAUGAAUUGGGUGGGGAUCCACGUUCAAAGGUUGAGGAUGAUUUAGAUAUUGGUGAAGAUCUGUUGAAGAUCUCGCAGCGUCGUAACAUUGAAGAAAUUGAUGAGGACAUACGCAGUAGAGGGAGCAACGGACCUCCUCAUAAUACCUCAGAGGUCGACUCUGCUUUGGGUUCAGAUCACCGGGCUCCCACCAUUCGAUCUGAUGCGCGUCACUCUAGUUGGGGAAGGAGAAGUGGGAGCUGGGAAAUUGCACCAGAGGUCAUUGGUAACACGAAUGUCACUGAAGGUAGAGGUCAUGUCACUUCGAAGGAUGUGGUUCAAUGAUGGGGCUAGUUUGAACCAGAGGUCAUUGGUAACACGAAUGUCACUGAAGGUAGAGGUCAUGUCACUUCGAAGGAUGUGGUUCAAUGAUGGGGCUAGUUUGAAUUAUUGAUCUUAAGAUAGCGUGCGUUUUGAUGAUCUGUGAUUAUUGGAUGUUCAUUUCCAGGUUGGGAAGGAAAUGCCGUUGACCAGAAACUCGCAAUUAUGUCAAGGGAGUUGAAUGUAUUCCCUUCAGGUGUAAAACAUAUGUGACCUUCUUUUGUGGGAAUGCUUGUUUAUGAUUUCCUUCCUAAUAGAAUAGGAAUGUGUUUGUAAUUGUUUGGGAAUGAAGGGGAAAGCGUCUUUGCCAUUUUUCGUAAAUUAAUAUUUUUUUUCCUUCUCCUUAGAAUUAUGUAACUAUUUGCGAUGGUGAAUCCAAUUUGGUAUAAUGGCCUUAUUCUUUUGUGUAAAA